AUGAAGUCUUGUUAAAUUGAAGAAGAGGAUAUGCAUCCUACAACUUAACCAGGGUUUAUUACUGUUGUAGUUAAAGUAAGCUGUAACAUUUUCACAAAUGUGACAAGCAUCAAAAUAGAUCCAUAAAUUCCAUUUAACUUAUUUUGCAAUUUAGUUAAAGAGAUGAUAUUCUCGUCAAUUGAUUAAAAGUAAGCCGACACAAAUUUUGAAUACAUAAAAUAGAACUAAGUAAUUGAAGAGAAAGAAAUAAAAAGUUUAUUAGAAUUGGGAUUUACAAAUCAAGAUGUUUUGGAAAUUAAAUUUAAAUUGAGGGGUGGCUGA